AUGAAAGAUAGCAUUAGAACCGUACAAACCUGUGAAAAUUGCUUGAAAGUUCAGCGUAGUGUUAAACAUAUUGUGUCAAAUGAAACCUCAUAUUGUUUAGCAAUGAGCAAAUGCGAGGAGUUCCUAUCAUCAAAAUCGGUCUGUGCGACCUGCAAGUACAAUGGACAAGUUUUUCAUAUCCCAUCGUUAAGGGCAUGUGACGCCUGUUUAGAUAGAAACGUGAUGUGUCAAAAGUUAGUCGUUAUGGCAGUAGCAACUGAUUGCGAGGAGUGCAACAAGAAGGCGCUUGUUUGCUUGAGUGACAUAGCAGAUAACAAGGAACUACCAUCAGAAUUAGAAUUAGUAGUUUCCUUACCAGAUGUCGUCCACGUAGGAAAAAGCUGUAAAUGUAGCUGGUCUAACUGGUUUAUCAACUUAGACGGUGAACUUAGUAAUCUUGUGUUACUUCGAAGCUUUCGUGACAACGCAGAAGACUUCAUUAGAAAGAAGCUUCGAAAGCUGCUUUCGCUUGAUUGUGUUAGGAAUAAAGACAAGAUGGCUGUCGAACCCAUUAUUCGUUUAACUCGGCCAGACGUUUUCAAAGUGCUGCAGGACGUUACGUUAGUUGUACACACUAUUGUACCAGAACAAUACAGGUUUUGGAAAAGCAAUCAACGAGGCGUAUGCCCUCACCCAAUCUCUGUAUCCAAUGGUCCAACGAGCUCAAUCCUUGCUCUUGACUACAACUUUGAGACAUUUUCAUCAAGACUCUUAAAAAUAAGACUAUACCAACCAGCAGAUGUUUCUGUUGUGCGAGACGGGAUGAGCGAUGCUAGGGACCUGUGCUUCAUUGAUGGGAUUGCAUUUGUGUGCAAAAGGGGAAAAUCAGCAAUUUCUUUUGUCGACUUUGACGGAAAAGUAAGAAUAUGUACAAAAUCACUCAAGCGAAGAGCUGAUUUUCUGAGUCACUUGAAGGCACUAUCUCUUUCAACAGAAGGAACGGUUCCCGUUUUGCGCCAAAGACUGAACGACCACUUGAGUUCCAUUUCCAAGAGCAUCGAUUCUGCAGAACACGUCCAGAUACACCCUAACUGUCAAACUAGGCCUUCUGCCAUCUGCGCUGCAAACAAUGAUUUGUUAUUUUGCAGUGAUGACGAGAGUCAACAUGUCUAUCAGGUAGCAUGAACAUUCGAUGGAGUGACCAUUCAUGGCAAUGCAACAAAAUUCACUACCUAUCCAUCUAGCAUCGUGAAUCCUUUGUCUAUUACCCUACUUUACCAAUGCGCAUUAUUCUCAGGAGCCUCAAGCCAAGGUGGGCUUUACAAAUGCGAACUUUGCUCAAAUACUGUGACCCAAGUGGUACGUACCAAGUAUGUACCUUGAACGGGAAGAUAGUUUUUACGGACGUAAAAGCAGGAAAGGUCAAGCAGUACAAUCCUGAUGAUAACUCGGUUAAAGUUUUGGUGGGAAGUGGACACAACAGUUCAUCCGAUGGGACACAAGAUUCGUGUUCGUUCAAACAAAUCAAGGGGAUUUGCUCUGUAGACAAGAUUUUGUUUGUUACAGGUGUUUCCGCUGGAAAAGUGAAGAUCGUGACAAGGCUUGGAGAAACGAUAUCUUUUCUGGAGAUUCUUGGCUCCCUUUACGAUACGUUUGGAAUUCAUUCUAAGGGCAUGAAACCUGAAGAAGUGUCCUUGAAACAAGUUCAACAGAAUGUCACAAAAAUCGACAACUAUGCAAGGGUUACUGUGAGUAAGGUUAAGGAACGUUACCAGUUGUCUGAAACAUCUGCAACGAAUAGUCCACAGGGAACUGUGUCACAGAAGACUCAAAUGUCUGUUUCUUUGCUGAAAAAAGGGAUGGACAGACUGUAUACGGACGUGAUGGACGUUAAUCCAGAAUUUGCGGCGACAUACUGCUGGAAACGCUGCUGA